AUGAUUCGAGGAUUGAAGGCUAAAACACUAUGCAAGCCCAACAUCGUAGGACGUCAGUGCGAUCUCUGUGCCCCGGGCUAUUACGGUUACCCCAACUGCAGGGCUUGUGACUGCCAUGAAGCAGGGACAAAGCCAAGCAUCUGUCACCCGAUCACUGGAGAAUGUCACUGCAAGGAAAACGUGGAAGGCGCAAGGUGUGAUCAGUGCCAUUUGGGGACAUUCUCCCUCGAUGCCAGCAAUCCUAAAGGCUGCACCAAGUGUUUCUGUUUUGGGGCAACCGAUCGGUGCCACAGUGCCGAGAAGUACCGUGUGGAGUUCACUGACAUGAGUGGGUGGACUUUGCUGAGUGGAGACCGACAGGGAGCUUCCACAUCAGUCAGUUUGGAAGAUGAGACUGUUCACGCUGAUCUUCGGCAGUUUCCAGAUGCUUUCCAGGAACUUUACUGGCAUGCCCCCAGUUCCUAUCUUGGAGAUCAGGUUUCUUCCUAUGCUGGCUAUUUGAAGUAUGAAUUGCAUUCAGACAUUCAAAGGGGUGAUGUGUUCAUACCGAUGGAAUCCCGGGCUGAUGUUAUCCUCAAGGGAAACCAAAUGAGUAUUAUGUUUGUUGAAGAGUCGUAUCCCGCUCCUGGAGAGGUUUAUAAAGGAGAGCUUCAACUGUUGGAGGGUAAUUUUAGACACACUGAAACACACAAUCCAGUCUCCAGGGAAGAGCUGAUGAUGGUUCUGGCUAAUUUGGAGCAGCUGCAAAUCCGAGCUCUCUUUUCCCCAAUUUCGUCCUCUGUGUCCCUGCAUCGGGUGAUCUUGGAGAAAACCUCAGAGACCGGUGGAAGCAUCCCAGCCAAUAGUGUGGAAUUGUGCCUGUGCCCAGCCAAUUAUAGGGGAGAUUCUUGCCAGGAAUGCGCUCCAGGCUAUUACAGAGACAUCAAGGGUCUGUUUCUUGGGAAAUGCAUUCCAUGUGACUGCAAUGGCCAUUCGGAUCAAUGCCUCCCGGGAUCUGGAACAUGCCUUAAUUGCCAACACAACACAGAAGGUGAUCAUUGCGAAAGGUGUAAGGAUGGUUUUGUGGGGAACUCUUCCCUUGAGGAACACGUGCAAUGCAUAGGAUGCCCCUGCCCUCUUUCAGUUCCCUCUAACAACUUUGCCACGGGAUGCAUCUACAAAGGCUCCACCACGCAGUGUCUUUGCAAGCCUGGUUAUGCCGGAUUUUCGUGUGAACGAUGUGCUCCAGGUUACUAUGGAAAUCCUCUCGUGAUUGGCAGCUCCUGCCAGCCCUGUGACUGCAGCGGGAAUGCUGACCCGAACAUGCUCUUCAGCGACUGUAACACGUUGACAGGGGCCUGCACCGGGUGCAUGUACAACACUGCAGGGCCCCGAUGCGAAAUGUGUGCGGCUGGAUUUUACGGUGAUGCAGUCGUAGCAAAGAACUGCACUGAGUGCAGCUGUCUGCCGUGUGGGACGGACUGGUGUGAUCCUAAAACUGGCCAGUGUCAGUGUAAGCCUGGAGUGACAGGUCAGCGCUGUGAUCGCUGUCAGAAUGCCAGUGUAAAGGAGGCUCCUGCAACCCCCGCACAGGUGAAUGCACCUGUACCAAUGGCCUGACAGGGAAGCAAUGUGACACCUGUAUAAAGAAGCAUGAGAUCCCCGUGGUGGAUGGUCCAGACAACAUGAGAUGUGAAGCUUGUGAUAGCUGUGUGCUGCUCUUGCUGGAAGAUCUCCAGGAGAUUGAAAGUGACUUCCCUGCCCUGGAACGUCAGUUGACAAGUCUCAACACCACCUCCAUUGCCUGGGCCCGCCUGCACAGCAUCAACGGCUCCAUGCAAGCCAUUACCAGCCAAGUGCGCGAGUACCAGAAGUCCAUCCACAGGGUGAGGCAACACGCCGAUGAAUUGGAGGAAGAGAACACGGAUUUUGUUCAGGAUCUGAACGCACUUCAGCACAAGGCAACAAUGACCCAUAGAAAAGCCAACCGCCUGAUGGAUGUUACCCAGGAGACCUAUCAGCAAGCAGAGAGCCUUGUUCUGAACGUCACUAAAAUUCAAAAUAAAAUUAAUGAUCUCAUACACCAGAUGAACACUUUCACCACAGCCAAUGCUAGCUCCACCUCUGCGGAGGAGUUUCGUCAGAAGAUAGCUGAGGUUGAUGCAAUGCUGAGGCACAUGAAAGCCAUGGAUUUUAGUUUCCAGAGAGCCAUUGCUGUUGAGGAGCGGGAUGAAACACAGAAUGUGCUGAACCGUGUGAGGAAUGAGCUGUUCAACAAGUUGGAGGCCAACCAACAACUGGUCAAUCAAAUCAAUGACCAGCUGGAUCACUACAGCUCAGAUUUGAUGGACCUACGAGAUGCCCUGAAUGAAGCAGUAAAUAAAACCCGACAGACAGAAGAUCUCAACAGCCUGAACCGUAAUCACUUAGAGGAAACCCAGCAAAGGAGCAAGGAAAUAGAGAAACAGUAUGACACAAUCCAGACUACUUUAAGGAUGGCUAAGGAAUCCUUGGGGAAGAUCUCUGAAUUUCUGCAGAUGGUUAUAAAUGCGAAAGAGGAAUCCGAGAAGUUACUAGCUCAGCUAGAUGGAGCCAGAUACCCUCUAUCCGAGAAGGCGAAGGAGUACACCUUGGCGAGCAACAAGAUCCAGAAGGUGGAGUUGGCAGAAGAGCAUGCCAAGCUGCUGGAUGAACUGGCACGAAAUCUCUCCAG